AAGACUGACUGUGGCGAAACUUUGUUUUGUGUUCUAGCUUUCUACGUCUUACUCUGUGGCGUCGGCAAACGCCUGCCUCGAGUCAAAAGGGAUUAGGAUCACUUAUUAUUAUUCACGACGCACGGUGAAAGGUACAGCUUCCCUUGUCGAAGUAUAUGUUAAUUCUGUGGCUGAGCCAUAGCUAGCCAUGGCUAGAGUCAAUCACUCAACAUGAGCUGUGCAGCUGAACCAAGGCAAUCAAGGACUGAGCCUAGCCCAUGCCGGUGCGCUAAAUUUCAGUUUCCAAUGAGUGCGCCUUUUGAGUGCAGUUCUAUCCACGCGGGCGUUUCUCUCCGCAAUGGCAUCCGCAUGCCCAUCCUUGGCUUGGGUACAUCGCACAGUGGCGGGUACUGCCACUCAACCGUGGUAUAUGCUUUGCGCCACUGUGGAUACCGGCUCGUGGACACGGCCAAGCGCUACGGCUGCGAACAGUAUCUGGGCGAGGCUAUCGCGGAGAGCGGCGUGCCACGCGAGGAGCUCUUCCUCGCCACGAAACUGUGGCCGCGCGACUACCAGGGCGCUGGGGGCGACGGGCCACGGAAUGCAUUCCGGGGAUCGUUGGAACGGCUCGCGGUUGACUACCUAGACCUGUACCUGAUGCAUUGGCCCGAGUGCCCGACUGAGUGCGUGGACCGACAACGCACGCUGGACGACACGUGGCGCCAGCUAGAGCUCCUUUAUGAUGAGGGUCUGUGCCGCGCCGUGGGCGUCAGCAACUACGAACGAGACGACCUUGAGCGCCUUCUAGACGUGUGCAGCCUGGUGCCGCAUGUGAACCAGCUCGAGUUCCAUCCACACCAUGCGCCUGAGGAACUGCUGCGCUUCUGCGCGAGCCAGGGCAUCCUCUUCCAGGGCUACUCACCACUGGCCAAGGGCCGCCUGCUGGCCGACCCCGUAGUGUGCCGUGUGGCCCAGCACCACCGACGCUCAUCCGCCCAGGUGCUGGUGCGAUGGUCGCUGCAGAAAGGCGUCGUGGCCAUCCCCAAGUCAACGCAGCGGGACCGGGUGCGCGAAAACGCACAGGUAUUUGACUUUGAGCUGAGCCCAGACGACAUGGCUGCCUUGGGGACACUUAAUUGUGGGCAGCGUUACAUUGAGAGAGCAGGCGUGCAGUCCAAGAUUGAUUCACUCCUUCCAGAUGGCUACAAGCUGGCUGGACGACUCAGCCUGCGCAACUACAGCUGAGCUAUUGCGAUGCGCUGCCAUGUGCACAUAAUAAUAAAUAUUGUGCUUUGUCACAUGUAAAA